GUUGGCAAACGAGAAUGGGAUCCCGCCAUCGUUCUGAUGCAGGAGGGCUACUUCGAUGCGGAUUCGAGCUGCGGCACCCUCGGGGCGUUUGUCGUGGAGGUCAGCUGGCCGGACGGCGAAGGUUCUGACGAAAAGAUCGGCAGGACGUUGACAGAGGAAACGGUCACGUCCAUGGCGGCGGAGAUGUCGUCGGCCGUGUCGCAUUUUCUUCAAAACGAAUGUCAUCGAGCGGUGGCUUGCGUCGACGUCAUUCACUGCACGCGCGACGCUGAUUCUUUCCCCGGCAUGGUGAACAAUGACACCGUCGCCGCCAAGAGCGCCAGCGACGACCGGUGGAACCGUUGGCGGGGCGACGGGAAAAAGACCAGGGUGCACACCGUGCAGAUCUGGGCGCUGUGGUGGCCGCAGACGUUGGUCGGCGGGGCGACUGAUUUCCCGACUCCGUUCCCUCUGCAGGACAACGAGAUGCGGUUCACGUUCUUAGCGAGAACGCUCCUUGGCCACAGGAAUCCCGGUACACUUGUGGAGUCAACAGGCGUGCCCACGUUUCCGUUCACGGUGACUCCGGUGCGGGAAGCCAUCAUCCCCGCGCUCAGCACCGUCUCCAACGCGUACAUCGAGUUCGACGGGCCUCUGGACGUGGUGAGAAAGCAGCUGAUGCGGGGCGCGAAGCAGUAUAGGGCGCCCGACACAAAAUUCUUCUUAAGGUGUGCAUCUUAAGGGCAGCGCGAUCGCGUCAAGAGCGGCAACGUCGUUAGAAACGCAUCAGUGAUACGAUAGCUUGCUGUUC